UGGAGGUAAUUUUGCUAAUAAAUUCUCUAAUCGGUCCCCAAAGAAGGUGGACUCAUUGUUGGUCUCCCUUUCCGUGCAGCAUUCAAGCGGAGAAAAAUGAACGACCUGGUGAAGUUUGAGUCCUUCAUUAGGGUGCCGGAGAUAUUCUUCGACAUGAUCGGAAUCACCCGUUAUGGGGAACCGCGCGAUACCUGGAAGGCUCGGCUCAAGCAGGCGUUCUUCUGGAGUUCGUACGCCAAUACGAUUUUCUGUCUGAUCAUCGAGCACAUCUACUUCAUCAAAGCGGCGGGGAAUUUCACGAACUUUUUGGAGUUGACGGCGCUGGCACCGUGCAUGGGAUUCACGGCGCUUUCGAUCGUCAAAAUAAUGACGAUCAAGCUGAACGAGGCCAAGCUCAACGGGAUCUUGGAUCGGCUUAGUGAUCUGUUUCCGAGAAGUCACCAGGAUCAGGAUCGCUACCGAACCUAUAACUACAACCUCGAGUCGCAAAUGGUGAUGAAGUCUUUCUCGAUUCUCUACAUGAUCUUGAUUUGGAUCUUCAAUCUUCUCCCGUUGGUGUCGAUGUUGGUGAACUACCUGUCUACCGGAGUUCUGGAAAAAGAACUUCCCUACUUUAUGUGGUACUGGUACGAUUGGCACAAGGUUGGCUACUACGAGAUUACAUUCUUUCAUCAGAAUUGGGGAGCGUUCGAUUCAGCCGUGUUCAACUUGAGCACGGAUUUGCUGUUCUGUGCUAUAAUCCUUUUGAUCUGCUUGCAGUUUGACAUUUUGGCCUACAGGCUUAGACACGCCAAAGGAGACUACAAGGAACUGGAAGAGUGCGCCAAGCUACAUCAGUCGGUUAUCGAAUUGAGUAACCAGCUGGAAGGUAUUUUCUCACCAUCCAUCCUGGUCAACUUUGUCGGAAGUUCGGUUAUCAUCUGUCUUGUUGGAUUCCAAGCAACAUCCGAUAUCAGUGCAUUCGAUUUGUUCAAAUUCAUUCUCUUUCUGAUUUCGUCACUGGUUCAAGUGUUCCUCUUAUGCUACUACGGAAAUAAGUUGAUUGAAGCGAGUUCACAAAUCACGUACUGUGCCUUCGAAGGCACCUGGUAUAUGGCGGAUGUGCGCUACCAAAAAUCGCUUCUCUUCGUAAUGACUCGGGCUGGCAAGUGGCAGAAGCUCACAGCUAUGAAGUUUUCCGUAGUUUCGUUGGCGAGCUACUCGGCGAUUCUUAGUACGUCAUUCUCGUAUUUCACCCUACUGAAGACUAUCUAUGAACCCAAAUAGUAAAAUACAUAGCAUACUAUUUUUGAAGAUGUCAUUUUAAAAAUAUAGUUCGGCUCAAAGGUAAAGUACAAGACCAAUACUUGCAUUGA